CACUGUCUUCUGUUUCUGCAGUAACAGUCCUACUUUAACCUCUGUUUGCAAUCCGUUAAACAGACAAGAAGGACUAAACGACACCCAGAUAAGUUUUAGUGAUUUUCCUUGGGCUUUUGCAGUUACCCAAUUGUGGAAGAUUGUUAAUCUGGAAAAAAAGAUAUCUUCUUUUGUAUAAAGACUUGAGCUUUUGCAAAUUGGAAGUGGGGAUUGAGGGGUUUGUGAAAAUAUGGACGAGGAAGAUAGGAUUUCAGAGAGCAGUGGUGGUAGAUUGGCUCGGCGGAGUUAUAGUGGUGGCGGGGAAUCGAGGUGGGUUGAUGGUGGUGAAGUGGACUCUGAUUCACCACCUCAUUGGUCUUCGACUGGUGAUUAUGAUAGCAGAGGAGAGUAUGGAUCUUUGAGGAGGAGGCUGGUGAAGAAACCAAAGAGAGUUGAUUCAUUUGAUGUUGAAGCCAUGGAGAUUGCUGGUGCUCAUGGUCACCACUCCAAGGAUCUUUCUACUUGGGCCACUCUUGCAUUAGCCUUUCAAACACUAGGUGUUGUAUAUGGUGACCUCGGCACCAGCCCUCUCUAUGUUUUUGCUGAUGUAUUUAGCAAGGUGUCUGUUACAUCAGAGGUUGACGUCUUGGGUGCUUUAUCACUGGUGAUGUACACAAUUGCUCUUCUCCCAUUAACAAAAUAUGUUUUUGUAGUGCUCAAAGCCAAUGAUAAUGGAGAAGGAGGAACAUUUGCACUGUACUCACUGAUUUGCAGGUAUGCAAAGGUUAACAUGCUGCCAAAUCGUCAGCCUGCUGAUGAACAGAUCUCAAGUUUUAGGCUCAAGCUACCCACUCCAGAAUUUGAAAGGGCUUUAAGAAUUAAAGAAACUUUGGAAAGGAGAUCAACCUUGAAAACCCUUCUACUGUUGUUGGUUUUGAUGGGAACUUCCAUGGUUAUCGGGGAUGGUAUACUAACUCCUGCAAUAUCAGUCAGUGGACUUCAGGGUGAAAUAUCAGGAAUUGGCACAGGUGCGGUGGUUGCCAUUGCAAUCAUAAUGCUCGUGGGAUUGUUUAGCAUACAGCAGUUUGGAACUGGGAAAGUUAGUUUUAUGUUUGCUCCUCUAAUUGCUUUAUGGUUUUUCUCCCUGGGUUCCAUUGGAAUCUACAAUAUGGUGAAGCAUGAUAUUUCUGUUGUGAGGGCAUUUAACCCAGCUUAUAUCUAUUUCUUCUUCAAGAAGAACAGCACAGAUGCAUGGUCAGCUCUUGGGGGUUGUGUUCUGUGCAUUACAGGGGCUGAAGCAAUGUUUGCUGAUCUAGGACAUUUCUCCGUGCGAGCCAUACAGAUUGCCUUCACUUGUGUGGUGUUUCCCUGUCUUCUUUUGGCCUACAUGGGUCAAGCUGCAUACCUAAUUAAAUACCCUAAUUCCGCAGAAAGAAUAUUUUAUGAUUCUGUGCCAGAUGUUCUUUUCUGGCCGGUUUUUGUGCUAGCCACAUUAGCUGCAAUGAUUGCCAGCCAAGCUAUGAUAUCUGCUACCUUUUCAUGUGUCAAGCAGUCAAUGGCUCUUGGAUGCUUCCCAAGACUGAAGAUAGUUCACACCUCAAAGAGACGGAUGGGUCAAAUUUACAUCCCUGUAAUCAAUUGGUUUCUAAUGACAAUGUGUAUAGUUGUUGUCUCCAUCUUUCAAAGCACUGCAGAUAUCGCCAAUGCAUAUGGUAUAGCUGAAGUAGGUGUCAUGAUGGUUACAACCACCUUGGUGACUCUUGUAAUGCUUCUAAUAUGGCAGACAAACUUGUUUCUGGCUUUGUGUUUUCCGCUUGUUUUUGGAUCUGUGGAGCUUACCUACUUUUCGGCUGUUCUAACAAAAGUCCUAGAAGGAGGUUGGCUUCCCCUUGUUUUUGCUACUAUCUUUCUCACAACAAUGUAUAUUUGGAACUAUGGCAGUGUUCUGAAGUACCAGAGUGAGGUAAGGGAGAAGAUAUCCAUGGACUUCUUGCUUGAACUUGGCUCCACUCUCGGGACAGUUAGAGUACCAGGAAUUGGUUUGUUAUACAAUGAACUUGUCCAAGGCAUUCCCUCAAUUUUUGGGCAGUUUCUACUCGACCUUCCUGCCAUUCAUUCUACUAUUGUCUUUGUAUGCAUCAAGUAUGUCCCAGUUCCUGUUGUCCCUCAAGAGGAGAGAUUUCUUUUUCGAAGAGUUUGCCCCAAAGACUACCAUAUGUUUCGCUGCAUUGCACGUUAUGGCUACAAAGAUAUCAGGAAGGAAGAUCACCAUGCAUUUGAGCAACUUCUGGUUCAAAGCCUCGAGAUUUUCUUGAGAAAUGAAGCUCAAGACCUUGCCUUGGAGAGCAAUCUAAACGAGAUGGAUCUUGAUAGUGUUUCAGUGAGCUCAAGGGAGUUUGGUAACCGGGAUGGUUACAACAAUGAAGAGCUUCGUAUUCCAUUAAUGCAAGGCACAAGAUUUGAUGAAGCAGGAACUUCUGUAUCAGAAGAUGGUUCAUCAGCACUGCCAUCUAGUGUGACGUCAGUAGAUGAGGACCCAAGUUUGGAGUAUGAGCUUUCAGCUCUUCGAGAAGCAAUGGAAUCGGGAUUUACCUAUCUGCUUGGGCACGGGGAUGUCAGGGCGAAAAAGAAUUCUUUCUUUCUCAAGAAACUGGUUAUAAACUACUUCUAUGCAUUCCUAAGGAGAAACUGCAGGGCAGGAACCGCAAAUCUGAGCGUACCUCAUAUGAACAUCAUUCAAGUUGGCAUGACAUACAUGGUAUGAUUGGAUUGGUUUAUAACAAACACUAGAACUUCACUUUUUGCUUAUAUACAUCUUCUGCUAGUUCGUCUUUAAAAUCUUAGAUGAAACAAGCCAGAAGUGAUCAAUCUUGCAUGUCAAGAUUGUCUGCCUUCUGAAAUUUUUUUUU